AUGCUGACUUACAGUUUGAAAGUUAUGACCUGUUCUUUGAUGCAUGUUUCUGAAGCUCACCUAAAGGCUGAAGCUCGCCAGAAAAGGGUGAAGUUUGCCUUCUUCAAAACCCCGGACGGUGGUGGGCCCUACACUGGGGUCUCCGAUGGCCGGAUAUUGAGAUGGGGUGGAGGAGAGCUUGGUUGGAUUGAGUACGCUUUUGUUACUCCAAAAGAUAGGUUAAAGGAGUGCAAGGGAUCAAAGGACAUAAACAAAGAGAAUCUAUGUGGUCGUCCUUUAGGUUUACAAUUCAACAAGAGGACCAGAGAUCUCUACAUUGCUGAUGCAUAUUUUGGGCUAUUGAUUGUUCAUCCCGGUGAAAAAUUUGCUACACCAAUUGUUACUCAAGCACAAGGGAAAUCUUUGCACUUUACCAACAGCUUGGAUAUUGAUCAAGACAGUGGAAUCAUUUAUUUUACCGAUAGCAGCAUGAAGUUCCAAAGGAGAGAAUUCCUGAAAGCAAUCAUCUCUGGGGACAAAACAGGAAGAGUUCUGAGCUACAACCCACAAACCAAAGAAGUCAAAGUCCUACUCAAUAACUUAUCUUUCCCCAACGGAAUUGCAUUAAGCCAAGGUGGCACCUUCCUCCUCAUUGCAGAGACAACAACUUGCAGGAUCUUAAGAUAUGGGCUUCAACCUGCCCAAAAUAAACUUGAAGUUGUUAAUCAAUUGAUGGGCUUUCCGGAUAACAUAAAGCCCAGCCCAAGAGGGGGAUUUUGGGUUGCAAUCCAUUCGAAAAGAGGAAAAUUGUUAGAGUGGUUUUUCUCUUCUCCUACUUGGUUAAGAGAAGUAUUAGUUUUGUUACCACUGGAUAUUAAUAGGGGUUUUUCAAUGUUUAGUAGAUGGAUAGGGAAAUGUUUGGCUGUGAGAGUAAGUGAAGAUGGUGGCAUUUUAGAAGUUGUUGAGGGUUUUGGUGGAAAUGUAGUGAAAUAUGUUAGUGAGGUCGAGGAGGGAAAUGGAACAUUGUGGUGUGGUUCUGUGUUGAUGCCUUAUGUUGGUGUUUGUAAGCUCUAGAGAGUACUGUAAUAAGUGUUAUUGUUUAAAAACCAUCUUAUUGUUUUGUAAAAUUAUUAUUUUGCCAGUGUUGAUGCCUUAUGUUGGUGUUUGUAAGCUUUAGAGACUGUAA